AUGGUCACGGGCGGCCACAACAACGGCCGCGUGGGGACCAUCGUGUCCAAGGAGAAGCACCGCGGCGGCCACGACAUUGUGCACGUCGAGGACAGCGCCGGCAACAAGUUCGCCACGCGCGUGUCCAACGUGUUUGUCAUCGGCAAGGGCAACAAGCCCCUGGUGUCGCUGCCCAAGGCGCGCGGC